AACUAACUCCGCGCUGCCAGCCAAUGAGCAGCCGAGCGAGGCGGGCCACGCGGCCAAUCCUCGAUUCUGCAGAGGAGCCAGCGUUCGGGGGCGGUCUCUCCAGACCAGCAAGUCCCGUCUACACCGCAGCCACAUGUGGGCCCCAAGGCUGCGCGGCGGAACGGGACUUGCAGUUCUCCCAACUGUUUCACUAGGGACCUGGUCAGGCAACCGACGCGCCAAGUACUACAGCUCCCAUGAAGCAUUUCGCCAAUAUAGCUGGAGGAGCCAUCCGCAACGGCAACUGGGACAAGCGCUGCAGGAAGUGUGGCUAUGCCAAUGAGACCCUGCUCCACGUCUUGUGUGGCUGCAAACAGCACUCCGGAGCCUGGCGGCACUGCCACAAUGCCAUCCAGAACCAGCUGGUGAAAGCCAUCCCGCUGUCCCUGGGGAAGAUCACCGUUGACUCCGCCAUCCCUGGGACAGACAGCCGACUGCGACCCAACAUCAUCGUGACAGAUACAGAAAAGAAGAAGGUCCUCAUGGUAGAUGUCACAGUGCCAUUUAAAAACAGGUCACAGGCCUUCCACAAGGCCCGAGCACAGAAGGCGUUGAAGUACACCUCGCUGGCCGACACCCUGAGAGCCCAGGGCUAUGAUGUCCAGAUCCACACCUUGAGUGGGCGCCCUGGGUGCAUGGGACCCCCACAAUGAGCUGGUACUGAGAGCAUGCGGAGUCGGUCGACACUACGGCUAGCUCAUGAGACAACUCAUGGUGUCCAACACCAUCAGGUGGUCCAGAGACAUCUACACAGAACACAUCACGGGUCACCGCCAGUACCAGGUCGAGUAACCGAGAAUGACGACCAGGGAAAUAACCCACUUCCUUCCCUGACACCCCACCCAUGUACUUAUUCUCUAGACCAAUACUGACUUAGACUCUUAAUACAUACCAUGGGUGGGGUACCCAAGCCCAUUUAUCCACUGACGCUUUAAAAACUCCCACACCGCAAUCUGGAUCUGUGCUGGUUAUGUGAUAUGUAUGUACCUCGUGAACCUUGUAAUCAAUACUUGCAAUAUCCCAUAACCCAACCCCAACCCCAGAUGAACAGUACCUUCCCUCUUAACUUUUGUAAAUUUGAUUUUAAACAUUAACUUCAAUAAAAUUUUUAAA